AUGUCUACUGUAACUUCCAAGACCACAAGCCCUUUCACACCCACCAUGCCUUCUCCACCUAAGAGACCUUCAAAGCCCGGUAUGCCUCUGGCAUCCAGUGGACCCUCUACGCCCACUGUGGCUCCUAUGCUUCAAGGCUCCUUGAAGACCACCAAAUCAGCAACGCCUGGCAUGUCCUCGGUGCCUGCGAAGCCAUCAACAUCCCCCAACACACCUAUGAGCCCAAGUAGCUCCAGGUCCACCAAAUCGACAAGCACUAAGAGAGCCCCUUCUAACCAGUCCAGUAGCAAGUCCCGAGUCCACAGCAAGGCAAGAACACCCAGGAGAGUCAGCACCGACACCAGGGCCAGCACCGACACCAGGGCCAGCACCGACACCAGGGCGAGCACCGAGAGCAGGACCAGCAAAGCCAGCAAGGCCAGUGGCUUAAGACGCCACCAGCACAGCCGGGGUAGAACACCUGGCAGAAGGGGAAGCCGCAGUUCUAAGAGGUCAGCCAGCAGGGCCAGCACUCCUGGCAGUAUAAGAACUCACGGUGCCAGACCAAGCAUGGGCAGCAGGGCAAGAACUCCUUCCUCCCUGCAAAAACAGAGUAGGGGAAAGAGCUACAGCCGGUCUAGAACCAGCAACAGGGAAAGGAGUCACAACCAGCCUAGAAACAUGAGCAGAGAGAAGAGUGGCAGCCCCCCAGGAACCUCAGGUAUGGGGAAGAGUUCCAGCCUGGCUGUAGUCCCCAGUAGAGCAAAGAGUCAUAGCCUGACUAGAAUCUCCUCCAAGGAGAAGGGUUGCAGCCAGUCUCCACCAUCUUCGAGGAAGGUGAAGAGCUACAGUCAGGUGAUGACCCCCAGGAGGGAACAGAGUUACAAUCCCACUGAAGUGUCCAGCAGGGUCAAGAGUUAUAACCAAUCUAGCACCCCCAGCAGGAUCCGAACUCACAGCAGGUCUAGAACCUCCAGAAGGGCAAGAAGUCACAGUCGGAAAAGGACUCACAGCAGGGCGAGAAGUCACAGUCAGGAGAGAAAUCACAGUAGGGCAAGAAGUCGCACUCGGAAGAGAACUCCUAGCCAGAUAAGAAGACAUAGUCAGUCUAGAACCAACAGCAAAGAGAAAAGCCAAAACCAAUCUAGAACCCCCAGAAGAGAAAGAAGUCACAACUGGUCUAGAACCCCCAGUGAGGAAAGAAGUCACUGCCACCGAUCUAGAACCUCCAACAAAGAAAGUGGACACAGGCGACCUAGGAGCAUCAGCAAGGAGAGCGCUCGCAGCCGAUCUAGAAACUCCAACAAAGAAAGUGGACACAGGCGACCUAGGAGCGUCAUCAAGGAGAGAGAUCACAGCCGGUCUAGAACUCCCAGCAAGGAGAGGGAUCACAGCCGAUCUAGAACUCCCAGCAAGGAGAGAGCUCGCAGCCGAUCUAGAACUCCCAGCAAGGAGAGAGCUCGCAGCCGAUCUAGAACCUCCAACAAAGAAAGUGGACACCGGCGACCUAGGAGCAUCAGCAAGGAGAGAGAUCACAGCCGAUCUAGAACUCCCAGCAAGGAGAGAGCUCGCAGCCAAUCUAGAACCUCCAACAAAGAAAGUGGACACCAGCGACCUAGGAGCGUCAGCAAGGAGAGAGAUCACAGCCGAUCUAGAACUCCCAGCAAGGAGAGAGCUCGCAGCCGAUCUAGAACCUCCAACAAAGAAAGUGGGCACAGGCGACCUAGGAGCGUCAGCAAGGAGAGAGAUCACAGCCGAUCUAGAACUCCCAGCAAGGAGAGAGCUCGCAGCCGAUCUAGAACCUCCAACAAAGAAAGUGGGCACAGGCGACCUAGGAGCGUCAGCAAGGAGAGAGAUCACAGCCGAUCUAGAACGCCCAGCAACGAGAGAGCUCGCAGCCGAUCUAGAACCUCCAACAAAGAAAGUGGGCACAAGCAACCUAGAAGCGUCAGCAAGGAGAGAUAUCACAGCCGAUCUAGAAUUCCCAGCAAGAAGAGAGCUCACAGCCGAUCUAGAACUCCCAGCAAGGAGAGAGCUCACAGCCAAUCUAGAACCUCCAGCAAGGAGAAAGAUCCCAGUCACUCUGCAAUCCCCAGAAGUCCCAAUUGGAAGAGAUCCCCUAGCACAACAAAGCAUCCCAGUCAGAAGAGAACCCCUAGCAAGACAAGGAGCUACUCCCCAUCAACAAUUCCCAGUGGAGGCCAAAACUUAAGCCAAGAUGAGAGUCAAGCCAGUGUCACCACCUCUAAGGCCACCUCACCUGGGGAAAGGUCUUCAUCGUCUUCUUCCAAACUGGCAUAG